AUGUCCAGCCAUCCUUUCCCUGGUUUUGGCACCACUGCCGUUCAUGGAGGUCAUAAACCCGAGAAGUAUGAAAUGUUGCAGGUAGGAGGUCACUUUAUUCAAAUUUAUCGCUAAUUUUCCGAAUUUUAUCUCGCAUUUCGACGAAUUUUUAUCAAAAAUUUUGUUUUUUGGCCGAUUCUCUCGUUUCCCUCCAAAAUCUCGUGAAAUGCUUGGUUUUUCAAGGAGAACCCGACAAAAAUUAUCAGUUUUCUGCAGAUUGAAGGUGAAUGUGAGAGUUCAACGACAAAUAAAGGGUUUCCGAAACUACAAACUCUUCGUUUUAUAGGUUGUUCCACCCAUCUCUGUGUCCACUACCUACAAACAGGAGAUUCCCGGAGAACCGAAGGUCUAUGAUUAUGGAAGAGCCGGGAAUCCGACCAGAGAUUCAUUGGAAAAGAACUUGGCCGCAUUGGAGGAGGCCAAAUAUUGCCGAGUUUUUAGCAGUGGUUUGGCCGCAACUUCUGCCAUCACAAACUUGUUGAAGGCCGGACAACACAUUGUUUGCAACGAUGAUGGUUAUGGAGGUCAGUUUUCUUAUUUUCGCACGUCUUAAAUCGAAAAAUUGUACUACACUUAAAAUUUUUAGGUACCCAAAGAUUUUUCCGCAAGGUUUCUGUUGAGAAUCAUGGACUUAUCAUCGAUAUGGUUGACUUAACGAAUGUUGAAGCUCUAAAGGCCGCUUUGAAACCCGAGACCAAAAUGGUUUGGUUCGAAACUCCGUCAAAUCCCCUUCUGAAGAUCGCUGAUAUCCAGUUGAUCACCAAAACUGUUCGUGAAUACAAUAAGGACAUCCUGAUCGUUGUUGAUAACACCUUUAUGACGCCAUAUUUCCAGGCAAGCACUUACUAUUAUAUUAUAUUUGACAAACCUGUCUUGAAACGUAUUGUUUUUGAUGAACAUGAUCACCGACUUUACAGGUUCUACGUAGACAAUUCAUACAAUAUUCUGUUAGUGUAUUUAUUUUGGUUUUAGCGCCCAUUGCCUUUUGGAGUUGACAUUGUUAUCCAUUCCUUGACCAAAUACAUCAAUGGCCACACCGAUGUCAUCAUGGGAGCGGCCCUCACGAACCGUGAAGACAUCGAGAAACAUCUCUUCUUCAUGCAACUGGCUGUUGGCGCUAUUCCCAGUCCUUUCGAUUGUUUCUUGGUGAACCGUGGAAUCAAGACCUUGCACUUGAGGAUGAAAACUCAUUUCGAGAAUGGCCUCGCCAUCGCCCAGUGGUUGGAGAAGGACAGUCGAGUAGAGAAAGUGCUCUACCCAGAACUGCCGUCCCAUCCGCAAUACAAGAUUCACAAAUCCCAGGCCAGGGGGAUGAGCGGAAUGCUAUCUUUCUACAUCAAAGGAGGACUCGAGGAAGCCAAAACCUUCUUGUCCAACCUUAAGGUGGGUUUUUUCUCAAGUUCUAAGAACCUUAGAGAAGUAUUCUUUGAUUGGAAUAUGAAAUCAGAGUUAAUUGAAACUUUUAAUUACACUGCUUUAGUUGUUUACCCUGGCCGAAUCUCUUGGUGGAUACGAGAGUUUGGCCGAAUUGCCAGCGGUCAUGACCCAUGCCAGUGUUCCGAAAGAGGAAAGAGACAAGAUCGGCCUGUCAGAUAACUUGGUUCGUCUCUCUGCGGGCGUCGAGGACAAGGAAGACCUUAUCAACGAUCUAGAUCAGGCCCUCAAGGCUGCCCUAAAGAUCUGA